CACCAGGCUGAUGAGAUGGUGGUCCUCUUUACCGCCCAUGGUAUAUGUGGGCAGGGGAUACCCCUAGCCUAACCACAAACGAUUGACACAGGGACAGCAGUGCCUCGUCAGAGAUGAGACGAUCUCAACAACACCUCUUUUCCUCAGUACCUGGUCUAUUGUCGUUCUGUAGUGUAGAGGUAUGCUAUCCAUCAGGGGCAACCCAUGAGAUGGACUUUGAUACUGGGUCCAGAUCGCUCGGAUGCCGUAAUUGUUUCUAUAUAACUGGACUCUCCUCCCGUGAACAUCACCGCUUUCUCUUUCCUUCUCAUCAUCAGCUUCACUCUCUUCUUUCGGGUCUCCGGUGUCUACAGUUCUGGCAACUAUUUCGUUCUUCUCACUCUUUCAACCUUACUACUACUACUACUACUCUAUUACUUGACUUCUUUCCAAACCGCUCGGCCGGUCUUCGCUUCUUCCAUAUUUCAGCAUUCUUGUAUCCUCUAAACUACCAGUGCUAUCACCCGUCAAACCAGAAAAGCUUGAUCAUGUACUCCAAACUUGCUCUUGCCGCCCUUCUUUUGGCCACGGCCGAAGCUCGCUUCGGUCAGGAGCAGUCCGUUGCCAGCAUCAUCUCCUCUCUGAGCAAUUUUGGCAACCCUGGUGUUGCUCCCACCCUCGCUGGCGCCACUCCCGGCGUCCUGCUCGCCGGUGCCAACGCUUGUGAUAAGCUUACCCUUGCCGACCGAAUUGUUUCGGAACUUGGCAAUGACAAGGCCGUCAUUGACGCAGCCAAGAAGCUUGUCGCCGCUGAAAAGAACUUCAACCCUUUUGCUGUCUCCAUUCCUUCUAUUUGCUCCGAUCCAGCUCUGCCGGCCACCCAAGAGCUGAGGGGCAUCGUUCCCCUUGUUGACCCGGCUGUGACCGGCGCUGAUGUUGAGAAUGCCAACUCGGCCAAGUCUCUCACCACUCCGUUCGCCAACGAUGGGUUGAGUGUUGCGGAUAUCGUGAAAGCCAAUGGCUUCUCCAACUUCACUGCCCAAAGCUCCAGCGGAUCUACCACCGCGCCUGCUGCUGGUAACAAUAACAACAAUAACAAUGACAACAACAACAACAACAACAACAAUGACAACAACAACGACAACAACAAUGGUAAUACUGAUGCUGUUACCUCCGCGGUCACUUCCGCUACCCCUGCCGCCACCAGCGUUGCCUCCAAGGUCAGGUGUAGUAAGGCCAGUACUCUGACCACGAUCGUCCAGCCCGCCGCUACCUCCGAAGCUGCCGAUGCCGGUAACGGUAACGACAACAACGACAACAACAGCGACAACAAUGGCAACAAUAACGACAACAACGGCAACAAUAACGACGACAACAGCAACAACGGCAAUGACAACGCCAACACCGGCAACGACAACAACAGCAACGGCGUUCAAAAGUCCACCCUCGCCGGCGCCGACUUUGGUCUUUGCGUGCCCACCAUGAGUUUCGUCGGCGGCCGCGGCAACCGGAAGGCCACCGAGUUCACCUUCCUGCCUAAGGACCCGCUCGUCGCCAAGGGCCAGCAGGAGGCGCUCAACCCCAACAUCAUCACCAACCGCAUCUGUGACCAGCUGACCAACGUCUGCCAGGCCAACCAGGCGGCCAAGACGGCGUGCUUGGAUGCCAAGGCCCAGAUCCAGGCUCUUGGAACAAAGGACGCGUCUACUGCGCAGAAGUGGAACGAGCUUUUGGGUUUUGCUGGCACUGAUGUUUCUCAGUAAGCAAGUA